CUUUUCUGAGAAUGUCUCUCACACCCUUGCUAGGCCAUGCAACAAUCAUCUUCACAUAGGCCAAUUAUGCGGCUAUGAUGGCCAGAUGCAACUCGCAGAUGCAUGGGAUAGCAUGUAUGUCAGGGCCUGCCGCUGAUGAUCAUUCGUCAAAGAAGUCAAUACUCCAGUCGGAGCGCUUAGCACCCAUCUUCGAAAGGGACCUUUCAGAUGUGAACUUCUCCCGUUAAACACUUCCAUUGCCCUUCACCUUUACUGUUUUUCUUGCCCCUUGCCUGUACUGCCAUCCCCUCGCUGUGUUAUAUGCGAUGUCUUCUACUCAUAAACUAAAUUUCUCGGACAACGCAUAUCAGGAAUUCAUGUCUUGGAAUCUGUCUCCGGAGAUCCCAGAUUCUUUAGGUUUCUCUGGAGGUCCAACUUCGUUCGGUUUCCCACCUUUGUUUAAUUCCCCAGCUUUCGUUGAUCCCCAAGCUUUGUUUAAUGACCCAGCUUCGUUUGAUCCUUCAACUCUAUCGAAUGCUGCAGCUCCAUUGAAUGCUGCAGCUCCAUUGAAUGCUGCAGCUCUAUCAAAUGCUGCAGCUUCAUCAAAUGCUGCAGCUUCAUCGAAUGCCGCAGCUCUAUCGAAUGCUGAAGCUCCAUCGAAUGCUGCAGCUCCAUCGAAUGCUGAAGCUCCAUCGAAUGCUGCAGCUCCAUCGAAUGCUGCAUUAAGUGCUGCAACUCCAUCGAAUGCCGCAGCUCUAUUGAAUGCUGCAGCUCCAUCAAAUGCUGCAGCUUCAUCGAAGCGCCCAUUCAAGGGUCCAGCUCCGUCGAAGCGCCCAUUGAAGCGCCCAGCUCUAUUGAAGGACCCAGCUCUAUCGGAGGACUCAUCAAAGGACCCAGCUCUAACAAAGGGUCUAUCAAAAGACCCAGCUCCAGCAAAGGGUCCAGCUCCAUCAGAGCAUCUAGCUCCGCCGAAGGACCCAGCUCCGGCAAAGGACCCAGCUCCGGCAAAGGACCCAGCUCCGGCAAAGCGCCUAGAUCAACAAGUUGUAUCCAAUUUCAUAACCUCGUUGAAUCAAAUUCUAGUUUCGUGUAAUCGGACUGUCCUCGAGUUGAAGAUUACAUCAUAUCCUGAAGAUACCCAGGCGACGGUUGCGAGAACAAUAAUGUCUCCGGACAUGCAGGACUUUAGUCUUAACACUGCCACCCAACUCGAUACUUCUAGCGCGGAUGAGGUGACUGAUGGACCCAUAAGGGAACCUGUAUUCAGAUGUGACCGGCUCAUUGCAGAGGAAAAGCGUUGCAAGUCAACUUUCAAAACGUCCGCACAUCUGAAGAUGCACAUUGGAGUGCAUGAUGGCAAGGGUCAUAUCUGUAUGAUUUGCGGGAAACGCUUUACCCGUAGAUAUCACUACGAAAAGCACUACAGCACACACGUCGAAGAUUCGGGAAAGCUUGGUCGUAACGAUACAAUGCCACUUGAGAAGGUGGAGAGUUAUAUAGCAGAUGAUCCAGCAUUGAUCAAAAAGCUACGAUCAAAACAUGCGCAGUAGUAUUACUGUAGGGUAAGCUUCAACCAGGUUGUUUAGUUUUAGUUGUAAU